AUGUUCCUUUCGCAGUUGUUCUGCGGUGACUUGGCUCACCAAUAUAGUUGUGGAUGGUGGCGAUUGAGGGGUCCGACUAUGGGCUAUGGCUGGUCGUGGCUCACGGUGGUUGGUGAGAAGUGGCUCGCGGAUUCAAGUGGUGAUAAUGGAGAUGGGAGCCGAGACUAUGUAAGUCUAAAUCUAGGAAUGGGUGAAGGAGAAGGAGAUGGGAGUCAGGACUGUGUGAGUCUAAAUUUGGGAAUGGGUGAAGGAGAAGGAUUUUGCUACUGGAAAAAGAUGAUGAAUGAGGUGGAAACCACAGAGAUUAAGGUCCCGACUGGGCUAUGA